UUCACUUUUUACCAUUUCAUCGGGCGGCUAUAAUUAUGUCAACUUUGACGACGAUUAUCAUGUAGAUUAAUAAUUUUGUUUAUAUGGAAUAGAAAGAAAAUUUUUCACAGUGAUGAUUCCACUGUGCGGUCAAUCAGUAACACGAUCAUCAGAUCUUGAAUCCUUUGGACCUCGUUGAUUCCUCGAGUGAUCCUUGAACCGUUCAAGAAAGAAACGAAUUCGUAUCAGGUAAUACCAGUCGCAAAAUCGACGUCUAGUUCCCUUUCGACGAAAGAAACAUUCGUCAUUAUUACCAUUGACCGUUGGUCCUGCGGGUCUACCCAUUCGGGUUCCACAGGAAGUGGGCCGGUCGGAUCAAGGGCCAAGCUGCCCUUUUCCAUUUUGGGACGUUCCAUUCAGGUGUAAUAGUCAGUUAAAGACUAUCCAAACAUAAGAUCCCACCGGUCGCUUCGAUGAGCCCGUACUGACCCUCGUGCUUCCCGAUGGCAAACUUCUGCCGGAAAAAUACCGGCCAGCACGUUUUUCACGAACGAUUUUGCAGACUCAAUUUACUUCGAAGAAAUAUUAUUUUGAAGACAGCAUUUUUCAGUUUGUUUUAUUAAUUUUUGUUAUUUUCUUUUUGCAAAUACAACUGUGGAGAAAAUUAUAAGGCAACUGGUUGGAACUUGCAGAGAAUAUGUUGAGGAUGAAACUCUGAAAUUACUUCGCAGGAUGAGCUUGAUGGAAAAGUUGAAACACCAAAGGCGUGCCGCGAAUUUUUGAAGGAGCUAGUGGUUGAAUAGUAAAGGAAACUGGUGAGAGCACCUGGAACUUCGUAAAAAGUAACGAAGCGAGAAAUAAAGUUUAAUCAUUUUCAGUGGAAAGCUUCGUUUGCAAUUUUUAUUCGAUACUAACUGAGAAAAGGAAUGUAAUAGAAACAUUCAGAGGCUUCUGCAUAAUCUUUUCUCUUUCGGAUUAAAGUGAAAUGUUACGAUAGGAAGAGAUUAGCCAAGAAACGUAGCUCCAUUAAAUCGCGAUGACUUAAAUGGCCCGCAAAAGCACGUUCUAUUUAGUUGGCUAAUAUUUGACUUUCGCCAGAUUGGACCGUGGUUCCCUCGCGUCGUCGCUACCACCGUUUGUUUGCACUUUGCCUUCGAGUUUCGGCUCGCGGCAGGUUGAUUUAGGAUUUAAGGAUUUCUACGUUUGUUGUUCGAAGAUCACGUGGAUAAAUAUACUCGAGAUGAUUCCUCUAUUUAGGCAACCACGGGUGGCCACCGUUUCGUAUUCACAAUUGCAAAAUUCAACAAUUUACAGCUGAAUAUUCCAGAAUAGAAUGUAAGAAAAUAAUUAUUUCUAUUUUUAUAAUAAUUCUCUCUGAAAACAGCGUCGUCGAAACGUAAGAUACAGAAAGAAAAAGUAGCAAGAAGACGAUGGACGUUCAUAUCCUCCAUAACCACCGGAAGUUAUACGGCAAACCUUUCUCGUGCCGCUUAAAUCAACCGAGCCGGCGCAAAGACACCUUAAUCCGUGGAGAUGCAGUAAAAAAUGCUUUUCGCGAGGCCCCCGAGGGAAGCUUUUAAGUCGGUCCUUAUCUGAAACGAGCUGCCUUCUUGCCAUGGCGGUAGCUUACACGGGAGCGAACAAGAAAGAGAGACGGAAAAGGAAAAAGAUAAAAGGAACGCGAUGGGCGAAGAGGAACGAAGCGGAGGCAAGACAAUGACCGCUGUUCAAACAGCGAACAUCAAACGGGUUGCCGCGUUUUCACGAGACUCGCUGCCCUCGCGGCCGCGCCGAGAACCUCCGUAUCCCUGCGAAGGAUUUUAAGGACAUCCGGCAGACUGGAAUAACAAAUAUUUGUACCACGGAAGGUUGCAGACUCGGCGAACCCUUUCAUUUGUAACGACAAGUCGAAAUUAGUGCGGUACAGAAACCAACAGAGUUUCUGUCUCGAUGCGGAAAGGAUUCUAGGGUUCCCUAGGAAUGUUUUACUAGACACUCGAGCCUACCACCGCGCGAUUGCUCCUGAUGGGGCCUGAAAUAAGCCAGUCUUCGUAAAUACAGGUGCAACGCGGAAUAAUAACUGGUUUAAACGCGCCGACGUUCCGGCAAAAGGGUUUUUCGAAACGAACGAGUUUUGGUUGUUGCAGCAAUUGCGAGCGGUAAAACGGGGAAUCUGGUAACAUUUGCGAAAGUAUUCAGGGAACGUUGUUUUUGCGAUGGUCUCGCGUCGAGGAAAAGUAAAUAAUGUUAAAUACCGGCGAUACCAAUUUCCUUUUACUCCUUUCUCUUUUGUACGGCGCUGUUUGGUGGUCGUUUCACGCCAUCCUCUGUGGGAAAUGGAAGCUCUGUUUGCUUUCGCUGGAACUUGUUGCUCGAAUUUCAGAUAAUUAGGGAACUAUUCGGUAGAAUUAAAUGUAACUCACUGUUAAAGGUUUUCAAUGUAUUUUAUUUUCUGUUUGAUACAUUUCGGGAUUAAUUUAUCUCCUGUACAUUCAAUUAUUCCAUCGUAAUCCGACAAAAUUCCGAUUUUUAAUCAUUUUCAACGCCGUUAUUUCUCACCCUCCGGAAGAUGAAAAUCGGACGUCGAUGAAAACGCAUCUUCAUCUGCAUACGCCAGAAACGGGUUCACGGGUUUGACUGACGAGCACCGCCCACUCCUAAUCGUUCAAUCGCCAAGAAAUUCACCAAAAAGUACGCCGAGGGUGAUCGUGGUUGAGGGCCGAGGGAAAAGGAGUCUCGAGAAACAAACUAAGACGAGACCGUUCGGCACCAGGCAACGCCCUUGCACUCCACCCAUCCAUCUACAGCUUGCAUAUAUUUUUGGGCAGCUAGUUUUUUCCCCCAAGGCAGAUUUAUCACGUUCCUACGCCUCUUUCGCGGACUGCUCCAUCAGUACGCCGACGUGUGGCAGGAAAUAAUUGGCAGGCUCGAGGAGUGGCCGUGUUUAGUUCACGAAUACUCGUGUAAGAUUGUUCGGUAAAGCCGUCGCGAAUCGGCAAAGUGGAGGGCUGAAGGUGCUGCUUCUUCAGCGUCAUUGUUCCCUGAACAGCCUUGAAAUCGAUGUAAAAUUACAAAGAAAUUUUUUCUCGUAAAAAGAAAUCAAACGCAGAGGCGCGGCUAUAAUUGUCUAAUUUUAUUUUUUAAAUACUCUCUGAAAGGGUAGAAAAAAUGGUGAAAUGGAACGGAAUAAAUUACAAACUUCAAUCAAGCCAGUAUCAUGAAACAUCGUUCCCGAUUGAAAUAUUAAUUUGAAACCGCGAUAAUUGCCUACACAAAAUAUGCAUUAUUCCACAGGGUACUUCAUUACCAUUGCAAACGAUCGUUCAUUGGUCCGGUCUCCUCAUUCUACGUGAUUUCCAUUCGAAUUCCGUGUACCGUGACAAGAGGUGCAAUCGAUACUACCGUUCAAUCGUGCACGAGCAAUCGUUUCUCUCGUUAGAGGGAAACGUUACAGUUAAUUAAGUCACUCGGGACUCGGCGAACGGUGGCGAGUCUCGUUUCUGACACCAACCGUCAGAGAAUGCCGGACAAUCGACCCAUUUCCCGUGGCAUUUCUGCAAUUUCCUUGGCGACAGUGGCUUGAGUGAACGGCCACCAUUACUCCACCAUGUUUGGAGCAAACGUUCAUCCGGACGGGUUCUUUCAGCGUUUUACCUUGAAACAACUCGGAUCGCACGGUUCGAGGAACAAAUUUCCUUGACAGUGCCAACUGUUGUGAUAAAUUGCCACUCCUUUGCUUUCAAAAUUAUAUUUUUCUUUCUUUAAUGCGACAGAAGAUUCUUUCGUAAUGAUACUUUUUUUACAGGCCUUGGUUUUUAAAGGGCAGUUUGAAAAAUUAUAAAUAUUUUAUGGUUUAACGCAAUCGUUAACGCAAAGGACACAUUGAAAAAUUAGAAAUAUUUUAUCGUCUAAAUCAAUCAUAGGGCAAGGAGUUGAUUUUGUCGCUGUCAAAGUCGUUACGAAUAAAAUUCUAACUAUCUUUGUCUCUACACUGCACUAACGUUCGAAACGUAAAUAACAGGCUGUGUUAACUUGGAGCAGCUCUAUCCGUUUGUCAAACAACCUGGAAUUAGACAGAACAAAGGGCAGUUGCUAAGACACGGUAGUAACACGAAUAAACUUGAGCCCAAGUCCAGACUUGAGCAAAUACAGUUGAACAUACAGCGUUGAAAUUUUCAGUGUGUCGUUAAAAUUUGCUCGAAUUUCAGAGGAAUUCUUUCUGGGACAAUAAUCAGGGGCUCUCGGAGUCCUAGUUACAUCACUGAUGUAAACACGAUACGUGGUAAGGACUUUUCGAUGUCACUGAACAAUUACACGAUUCGAAGCCGAUUCAGUUGUUGAUUUUCUUCAGAAUCGAUCAGUCUUUUAUUCAUAAUGAACGCGGUAUCUUUCGCAGAGGAGUUUACAAAUUUAAUUUUUCGAUGGACCAAACCAGGUGAAGGCGGUGAUGGUCCACCACUGACUAAUCAGCAGCUAUUAAACGCAAUUCGAGAUGUAGUUCAAAUACUGUUAGGAGUAUCUCUACAAGUGCCCGAUUAUUCAUCGGUGAGAACACCAGGUACAGGAAUCACCAUUUGCACUCCAAAUGCUCCCACUGUACCAAGAUUAACUAUGGACUCAAACAGUACAUCUCUGGCAAGAUUUAGAUCCCUGGAUACUUUAACUUUUUGUAAUGCUGUUAACAUUUCUGAUAAUGAUACAUUGAUUUCGAAAAGUCAAGAGAAGAUAGAAACAUUGAAUGGUGAUCAAGCUGAAAGUACUCCCGAACAGAAGAAGUUUAUAUCACGGUCAAGUCCAGCAAUUCACGUGAACUCUGUAGCCAGAUCCGACACGUUUAUUCGCGAGGAAGAAGAAAAGGCUAGUGGCACGAAUAAAAAGAAAAGAGAAGCUGAAGAGAAAGAUCAGAUAUCCUUGGAUCCAGAGAAAAUGAGCAAUUCCUUCUUGAAGAAAAUCGCAGAGCUUCGGGAAUGCGCUUACGAUGUCAUAUCGAAGAUUGAUCAAGUGAAGAAGGAUAUCUACCCUGAAACGACGAAACCCAUUCGUCGUCUCUCCUCGAUCGGCACUUAUCCCGGAUCGAAUCGUACCUCGACGUUGAUGAGACAGACUCAAGCACCGAAGCUUCGAAGAUCAACGUCAGCCUUUCCAGGAACACCCACGUCUUCGAAAUUGAACACGACGAUCACCGCGGGCAAAGACGAGGCCACGGCGAAACGUAAAAGUGUAGCGACAUCGAAAAUCUCACCUACGAUUUGUACUCCAUCGAUGUCGAUUAAGAAAAUAUCACCAUUAUCAAGCGGUAAGCCCGCGAAAAAUCCAAAAUACGCCCACGUGCAGAGCACGAUAUCGAAAACUUUGGUUAACAAACGAAAAACUUAAUCGCAACAAGAAAAAUCAUAGUAAAUGUUCGUUCUUCUUAAAGAGAGUCGCAGAAAUUUCUUUUAACUAGAGUGAAUUUGUUGUUGGUAAUAUUAAAUAUAUUUUAAUGGAUUUGUUAUUAGGUCGCUAAUUAAUAUUUAUUUAUGAAAAUCAUAUUCUUUUAACGUUUUAGUAUCACUACAGGAAUCUUAUAAAAUUCUCUGUGUGAGGGGAUGAUAAUUAAUUCCAUCAAUUUCGUCAAAUUGGGUAGCCAAACAAAAUUUUGAUGAAACACGAUUUAGUCGAAUUGUAAUUAAAAAAAAAAUAAAAUUUUGA